AUGGGGCACAUCCUGCUUCAGCGACCAGAUUCUACUCAACAGGCCACAAGUGAAAACCUGCCACACAUCAUGCUUGGAAAUUGGCCUACGCAGACUCCAACUUGGCGCAACCACUGUCAUGUGGUUUACAUUGUCGACUUCAGGGUUCAUUCUGAAUCUGGGCGAGGAGACCCUUCCUUCACCUGCCGAGCGAACAGAAUCCGCGAUCACAUAGAAAGUGGCCUAUUCGUACAGACACAUGCGAAAAGAAUGUGCGGUCAUCUUUACAUGCCCAGAAAACACCCGAUUUACGAGUAUUAUGUGCUUCAGAGCCAGAGACUCGAUAACAUUAGGCAGCACGAGUAUUUCGAGUCCGAUGCCGCCAUAGGAUUCAUAUUCAAGAAGGAUUAUCAAAACUCCUUCUACCAGAUACUUCGGGAGAUACAGUUACCGGACAAGUGGAACCCUGAGGACUCGGCUCUUCAUAGACGCCAUGACAUCAACGUCCAACCUUCCCCUCCUGAAAACUCGACGGACUAG